CCCGCCACCAUCUAGUGUCUCUUCAUGGCCUCAUUACACUUCUGCUCAGAAUGCAAUAACCUUCUGUACCCGAAGGCGGAUUCUGCUCGGAGAGUUAUGGUUUAUGCAUGUCGCAUUUGCGCCUAUGACGAGGUUGGGGAGAACCAGUGCGUGUACAGGAAUGAUUUGCUGACGGUGACAAAAGAGAAAGUCGGCGUCACCACGGAUCUAGGAUCUGACCCCACCCUGGCGCACAGCAACAUCUCAUGCCCUCGCUGUGGAAACGAGGAUGCGGUCUUCUUCCAAGACCAAUCGAAACGAAAGGAGACACGUAUGAUCCUCUUCUUCGUGUGUACAAAAUGCGACCACAGUUUUAUGGAUCCGAGCGUCUCGACGGAGAGUCGACCGGAAGAUAUGGAUACUCAGGUUUAGCGGGGUUGGGUAUUUCGUUGGUUCAGUCUCACUUGCAUGUAUAUUACGCUGUAUACUAACAAAAUAAUAUGCUGCGCUUCAUUGUCCAGCUUCCCUGUCGUCGCC